AGUUCAGAUCAGUUCGCUGCGAGCCGAGCUCCGAGAGAGUUGCCUCCACCGAUCCGCGGUUCGCGUCGAUCCGAUUUUUUUCUGGCGGCGCCCCAACACACAGUUCCCAGCAGAAAAUAACAAAAAUAGGAAAACACAUUAAACGCUUUUGGAAAUCUAAUUGAAAUAUUCACGGCUUAACGGGCUUUAAUAUACACACAUAUAUCUGUGCAAAGGCGAAUAUUUUUUAAUGGCCACCGGGAAGUGCAUGCAAAUGUGGUUAUUAGUUGACUCGCGUUAUAUCCAAUAGAUACCAAAAAUAAAAAGAAAAAUAAGUGGCAAAAAUACAAGUGACGAGUGUGUGUAUGUGAGCAGUGGUAUAUAUGGUCUAAAUAAAAUAUGCAGACAUCGGUGUAGCCAGCAGAUCGACAUUGUAAUAUCAUGGAGCUGAGCAACUUUUCGAGCGGCAAGAAGAUGUCACGCGAGGAGCGCCGCUACUCGGUGCCCCACGGACCCAAUACCCCACUGCCACCGGCGGCAUCCGAGGAUCUGCACGCCUGGUCCAUCUACAGGCAAAACCUGAACUCUGACUUCACCGAUUCGGCUCUGGGCUCGUCGGACAAAUCACCGCUGCCAUAUGGAAACUUCCAGCUACGCGAUACCACAGUUCAAUCAAUCUUAAACCAUCCGCGCUACGGACCCAAAUCUCCCUUGGGCUCAAAUAUGUACACAUACUUGAAGUUCGGACUGCCACGCGUAUUUCCGCCAAAUGCUGGAUCUCAGCGCUCGCAUCGUCCUGGUCCGGGUCCGGGACCGGGUCAUGGUCAUGGUGGCUCCAGUGCCCUGGGCGGAGUGCGGGGACGAGUGAACCGCGCCUUUCGGGACAGCUCAGGGGCACCGGCCGGAGCCGGGAGCAGUGGCUACGACAGCAGCGAUAAUGAGACGACCCGCAGCCGAGUGCCGCCCAAUCUCCGGAAGUAUCGCAGCGAGUCCGACUUCCGUGCCAUCGGCGGCAUGCCCCACUCGCGCCCUGAGUCGCGGGCUCAGAUCGGUGGAGGCGGUGUGCCGGUGGCUGCCCUUCGGCAGGCCAACAGCCGGGCCAGCAUUGCGGUGGGUCAGCACCACCACCAGAUGCAGCAGCAUCAGCAGCAGUAUGGGAAGCACUACGGUCACAGAUCGCACAGCGAGGCGGAUCUCCUGGGAGCCGGAUUGAGCCAGGUGGAUGGCGGUGGUGGGAUGGGCUACGACUACAACGAGGCCCGGCUGUACGGCAGUUCCAGGCAGUACGGCAAUGGAAAUGGUCACAACCCGGGCAGUAGGAAGCAGUCGGGCAUGGGCCUGAUCUACCCGAACAUUCAGGUGCACUGCCUCGAUGUGAAUCCCUGCCUGCGCGGUGUGUCGAUGCAGGCCAAGGCGGGUGAUCUCUUCGCCAUCAUGGCCACCUCGCAGCGGGAGGGAAGUGCCCUGGCCGAGUGCUUGGCGGGAUUGAGUGAACGUCUGGGUGGGGAGAUCCUCAUCAACGGGCAGCAGGUCAGCCGCCAUGGUCUACGGGAACUCUGCAGCUAUGUCCCGGCACUCGAGGUCUCCUCCCUGGAUCCGCGGAUGAGUGUCCAGUGCACACUGAACUUUCACGCAGCGCUGAGAGGUCCCAUUGAUCGCAGCGAUCUGGAGGAACGCAUGGAUGUGCUUAUCGAGGAUUUGGGGCUGAAUACUGUACGUGCCUCCAAUGUGUCCACACUGACCCACUCGGAGAAGCAGCGCUUGAGCGUGGCCUGCCAGCUGCUGGCGCAAUCCUCGCUGCUGAUUCUGGAUCAGGUGACCAGCAACAUGGACAUCUUCGACACCUUCUUCCUGGUGGAGUAUCUGCGCCAGUGGUGCAGCGGUGGUCGCAUUGUGAUAAUGACGCUCCAGCCGCCCACCUUCGAGAUCCUAUCCAUGUGUUCCGGCGUGCUGCUGCUCUCCGGCGGAAGGACCGUCUUCUCCGGCAGUCGAGCGGAUCUGCCACGACACAUGGGCGAACUGGGCUAUCCCUGUCCGCCUUUCAAGAACCCAGCGGACUAUUACUUGGAUUUGGUCACCCUGGACGACCUUUCGGCGGCCGCCAUGCUGGAGUCAUCCGCCCGCAUUGAAUCCCUGGCCAACGCCUGGGAUCAGAUUAACUCGGAGCCCCCGUUGGCCGCGCCGCCCGCCUCGCUACCCAACUUUACAAUAAAGGCCGGCUUCUUUGGCCAGAUCAGCGCCCUGAUCAAGAGAUUCGCCGGCUACAAGCAGCCGGGAUCACUGCUCACCUGGAUCAGCAAGCUGAUCGCCGCAGCAGUUCUGUCCCUAUGCAUUGGCUGCAUCUUCUGGGAUGUGCCAGCCUCCGAUCCACAGCUGACCUACCAUGAUCGCUUGGGAUACCAUCAUUGCGUCAUGGUGCUAGUCUACUGGCCACUGGUCAUGCUUACCAUCCGGGACACGCAGGAGGAUCGCCGCCAUGCGGAGCGGGACAUUCGCUUGGGCCUCUAUACGCGCAGUCUAUACAUCAUUGUUCAGAGUCUCUUGGGCCUGUUUCCCAGCCUCUGUAUCUGGCUGGCCUACUUGCUUCCGGCCCACAGCAUGGCGGGACUCUACACCUAUUCCAACAGCAGCGAUACGGGCAUCUACCUGUAUAUGGGGUACAUGCUGCUCUACUUGACGCUCAUUCAGACAUUGGCACUGUUCUGUGCCCACCUGCUGCCCUGCAAGGUCUCGGCGAGCAUUGCCAACGGGCUCAUCAGCCUGGCAGUGGCGGCAGUGGGCGGCUAUCUCGUGCAUCCCCAGAACCUGGCCCAGUUCUGGUCCUGGCUGCAGUUCGUAUCGCCGGAACGUUGGCUGCUGCCCGUUCUGGUGCAGGAUGAGUACAGUGCCGAGACGUUAUCAAAUUCCGCAGGACUGCAGUUGUGCCGGAAUAAGCAGGUGCAGCACCAGGAGAUUAUUGUGCAGCAACCCUGCCCGCCGCCCAACGGUACCCAAGUGCUAGUCGACUUCGAGCUGCUGCCCCAGCAGCACGUGCUGGAUCCCACGCCCACCUAUGACCAGACCACCUCGGUGGCUUUGGUCCUGGGCUCGGUGCUCGUCUUCUUCGUCACCUUCAUCGUCUUUUUGUGCAAUUGUCGCGGCGCCUGUCGACGGAAGCGUAGCCGUUAGGCGGAUACCGUGACUUGGAGCUGGCCAGGAUCUAGAGUUUAGAUGGCAUAGGCUACCGAACUGUACAUUCCAUAGAAACUAAUUCUUGAAAUAAAUAGUGUUUAGUCGAGGCAGAGUUCGUUUAACUAA